UAACUCAAAAAAUCAAAAAAAUCGUAGAAUUGUUUCUCUUUUCAGUACGGAUUUAUUGAGUCUCAUAUGUUAGUUAAUUUUUAAAUUUUAAGAAACCUCUUGUUCUUAAAAUGAUUGUGCUUCACAGUAACACAAUGUGCUGCGUAAGUAUGUUCAUGUUUGUGCUUAUUUUAAAGAUCCUUUUCUCCAUCGUUUAUAUAGCUGAUUGUUUUCUUAUUUUUGGAUGAUUUGGCAUUGUUUCUUGUGAUUAGGUAGAAAAACUCAAUCAUACCUUAGCAUCCACCUUAUCCGCUUCAUCCAGUGAAGAAGAUAACGGAAACAUCGUUGAUCUCUUUACAUCAAUUUUUCCGAAGAAAUCCCACGUUGUAAUAUUCUUCAUUGAGUCCUUCACCAUGUCUACAAGCCCCCCUCCUCUGUUUUUCUCCACAGCCACCACCAACAACAACCACCAAAGCCAACACUUGAGCCACACACACCUCAUCCACUUGUUGAACCCAAACACCUCUAUGCCUCAACUCAAGCAAAUUCACGCGCAAACGCUACGCACAGUUGACACCAACCACCCACAAGCUCUUUUUCUCUAUGCAAGAAUUCUUCUUUACUCCUCUCUGGCUGAUCUCAACUACGCCACUCGUGUGUUUCACCACUUUUCGCACCCCAAUUCCUUCAUGUGGAACACCCUCAUAAGAGCCUACGCGCGAAGCACCAACACCAUCCACAAACACAAGGCCAUGGAGCUUUACAAAGCAAUGGUGACGGGGGAAGAGAAUACCGCAGUUCCCGAUAACCACACUUUCCCUUUUGUUCUGAAGGCAUGCGCUUACACGUUUUCUCUUUGUGAGGGAAAACAGGUGCAUGCGCACGCUUUGAAACAUGGGUUCGAGUUAGACACACACGUUUGUAACAGUUUGAUUCAUUUUUAUGCGACAUGUGGUCGCUUAGAUUCGGCAGAGAAAAUAUUUUAUAAGAUGAAUGAGAGAAGCGAGGUUUCCUGGAACAUAAUGAUCGAUUCUUACGCAAAGGGUGGAAAGUUUGACACUGCUUUGAAAAUGUUUGGAGAGAUGCAGAAGGAGCAUGAGCCCGAUGGGUAUACGAUGCAGAGUGUUUUCAGUGCUUGUGCUGGUUUGGGUUCUUUGUCUUUGGGUUUGUGGGCACAUGCUUAUAUUUUGAAAAAGUGUGACAAGAAUAUUGUGGAUGAUGUUUUGGUCAACACUGGUUUGGUGGAUAUGUAUUGCAAAUGUGGUGAGAUGGAAAUUGCAAACCAAGUGUUUGAAAGCAUGCCUGCUAGAGAUGUAAAUUCAUGGAAUUCAAUUAUCAUGGGUUUUGCAAUGCAUGGUAAGGCUGAAGCUGCGUUGGACUAUUAUGUCAGAAUGGUCAAGGUAGAGAAAAUUGUUCCCAAUUCAAUAACUUUUGUUGGUGUUUUGUGUGCAUGUAACCAUAGAGGCAUGGUUGAGGAGGGUAUUGUUCACUUUGACAUGAUGACUAAGGAGUACAACGUGGAACCAAGAUUGGAGCAUUAUGGUUGUCUUGUUGACCUUUUUGCUCGAGCAGGGCGCAUCGAUGAGGCUCUAAACGUGGUCUCAGAAAUGCCAAUCAAACCAGAUGGUGUAAUUUGGAGGAGUCUUUUGGAUGCUUGUUGCAAACAACACGCAAGUGUUGAGCUAAGUGAAGAAAUGGUAAAGCAAGUCUUUGAAUCAGAGGGGAGUGUCUGUAGUGGUGUUUAUGUGCUUUUGUCAAAAGUAUAUGCUUCUGCAUGUAGGUGGAAUGAUGUAGGGAUGCUUAGAAAACUAAUGACUGAUAAGGGUGUGACUAAAGAACCUGGCUGCAGCUUAAUAGAGAUAGAUGGAACGGUUCAUGAAUUUUUUGCAGGGGACACCACUCAUCCACAGAGUGAAAAUAUAUAUAAGUUUGUGAAUGAAAUUGAUGAGAAGUUACAAUCAAUAGGUUAUUUACCCGAUUACUCAGGAGCAACUACGAUUGAUGAGGCUAAUGAUGGUAAACAGAAUACUCUAAGAUUGCAUAGUGAGAGACUUGCCAUAGCAUUUGGGAUCUUGAACUCAAAACCAGGCAUUCCAAUUAGAGUGUUCAAGAAUCUUAGGGUGUGCAAUGAUUGCCACAGGGUUACCAAGUUGAUCUCCAGAAUAUAUAAUGUGGAGAUAAUUGUAAGAGAUAGAGUACGAUUCCACCACUUUAAAGACGGAACUUGUUCUUGUAUGGAUUAUUGGUGAUUCAUGCUGGUGUUCAAGGUAAUAUGUAUAUUUGAAAAUCACAUUCUAGAACAAGAAGGAUUGAAUUCAUUCUUUAAACUGUCCUUAUGUUAACAGAGAAGGAUUGAUUUUGUCAACAAAUAUCUCUUCAUAUAUACGAAUGUUAUGAUGUUAUGAUUAAAUCUCUGAACAAAUGUCUAAAAGACAUUAUUACAUAUCAACAUGACUCCAUGUUAGUUUAUUAAACUACUAGUAUUUGUAUGCAUCUUGUUUCUUCAAGAUUCUUAUCUUUCGGCUGGGAAAUUGUAACAUCUCCGAGAAUGAUUCAAAGCAAAAAGCCUCAGUAACAGGACUACAUGGAUCACACGUACUAGCUGCAUUUGGAAUUUUUGAUCAAGAAAUCAUGUGAGAUAUAUUUUAAAGUGGUUCACCUCUUUGAAAGACAGCACAUAUGAUUCCGACAGAGUAUAAUGCAUAAUGUGCACUGGAUCAUGUUGACAAAUAAACUUAU